AUGUUAAAAGCUACCUUUAAACUUGAAAAUAUAAAUGUAGGUUAUGUGGCUGCAUACUCACUAUUUUUUGGGAAAUCUAGUCACAAAAGUCUGCAGGGAUUUCCCUCUUUUUGUGGUAGAGACACUUAGUGUUAUUCGAAAAAAUGCUUUAGAGGCUUACUACUUUUACAAGCUCACAAAGGAUGAUCGUUCGGUUUUUAGUUUUAAAAACCUUCUUUUUUUCUUUCAAGCUUCUCUUUUGGAGGCCGAGCCAAAACUUCUGUUUUUUAUUGCAACAUUGUUACUGCUUCUAUUUCUCAUAAGUUCCAGAAAACUCUAUAAGACGGGAAACGGUGUACCUACCACUGAAAAUUACAAAUAUAUCACCUCUCGAUUGGACCAAAUUUAUAUACAGCAGCGGAAAACGUUUCAUUUGUGCCUAAAGUAUUUGCAGCAAUUCCGACGUAGCGUUGACUUUAUUGAUAAGAAUGACAACUUUAAAAUUUUUUUUAAAAAGCAUAAAGAAUCUUUAGUUUUUCUAGAAAAUUCUUUCAAAGAAGGUGUUAUGAAUUUACUUGUUAAUCAACGACUCACCCAGGAGGCUUUUGAACAAAGCGUUGAGGAGCUAAAAAAACUUUUUGAAAACUUAAAGAUUUCUCGCGAGGAAGAGAAAAAGAGUAUAUAUAGGAAAAUUGUAGUGCUGCGGAAGACUGCAAAGUCGCUUGUUAGACACCAUCGACUUUUUUUAAAAAGCAUAACUACCGGGCGCCCUAUUGCGUUUAAGCCUGAGUUGAAGUUUGAAAACGCCUUUGUGCAUAACUUGACUGUGGAUAUUAGAUUUGAUCGCUUUGAAUCGGUUAAACAAAGCUUGGAAGGGCAUGAUAUUCGCUCACUGCUCAAUGAAAACGGAAGAACUUUGCUUCACGUGUCCGCGCAAUAUAAAAAACUGGAGGCACUAAAGCUUUUUAUUAACAUGGGACUUGCGGUUAAUGUAAUGGACCCUGAAAAUAUAACCCCCCUUCACCUUGCAGCUUCAAGAGGAUGGAAAGAGGGUGUCGAGUAUCUUUUAUUGAACGGAGCAUCGGUCAACGCGCGGGACAUUAGAGGCAAUACGGCGCUCCAUUGCGCAGUUCGCGGAAUUUGGACAGAGCACGAAAACGAAGACCUCGUUUUAUUACUCUUGCAGCACGAGGCGGACGUUAACGCCCGUGACGAGUUGGGGCGCACACCACUACACGCAGCAGAACUUUUAGAACCGAUGCCCGUUAAGAUUGCUUAUGAAUUUAUUAAACGGGGUUUUGAUAUAACUCUUACUGAUAUUAAGGGGCGAAGCAUCCUCUAUGCCGCCGUAAAAAAGGGGGAUGUUCAGUUAUUACAGUACUUUAUGAACACCAGCGCCAAACUUGACCACAAGGAUUCCGCGGGUCUUACUAUCAUAGACUACGCGAAAAAAAAAUUAUCCAAAGCUACUGAAAACUCGGCAAGCGAUGAUUCUUCCAAAGAGAGCGGCGGACCCGACAAUAUAUCUGCUUACCAUGAGAUCCUCGAUAUACUUGAGAAAGCAAGGGACUUUGAGUCGAGCUGGUCAGAUCCUGCCCCAAGCGAUGGGUCUCUCUCGGAGACAAAUUAUUAGAUACGAUGCCUUUGUGGUGAUUUACAACGUCGAUUCACUAAAGUACUUUCGAAC